UCCCCUGAGACUGAUAGGUGGGGCCCACAUCUGUCCUCUAAUUCUCUCCACCCUUCUCGUUUCGGAACGCCGCCGCCGCCGCCGUCCACCGCCGCAACCAGCCCCCACCAACUCCGGCCGUUCCCGGCGCGUCCUCCCGAACGCCUCAGCCCCCACCCGCCAGCAGGUGGAGGCCUGCGCCGGCGCGUCGACCCCGGCUCUCUCUCUAUCUCUGUCUCACCUAGUCGAGGCGUGGAGAUCGGAGCAUGGAGUCGGAGGUGGUGAAGACGGAGAUGGUGCUCGCGGCGACGUUUCCCUUCAAGAAGGUGCAGAUCGCCGACAAGUACCCCAAGGGCCAGUCCCGCGGCCGCCAGUGGAAGCACCUCCGCCUCCUCCUCCAGGCCGCCGACGCCACCUCCCUUCCCCCCGACCGCCCCAACUAUUUGAAUAUCCAGUCGCCCCCAUCAAUUUAUCCACCCAAGAGAUAUUGUGACAUAACUGGUUUUGAGGCACCAUAUGUGGAUCCAAGGACAAAGCUGCGCUAUGCUGAUCCAGAAGUGUUCAAGCAAAUCCGAAUGCUUCCUGAUGAAUAUGUCCAAAGGUAUCUGGCACUGAGAAAUGCUGCCGUUGUACUGAGAUAACUAUGCAAAAUCUAUGUAGAAGAGAAAUGGGGAUUUGUGCUCUUGAGUCUGUUGGCAAAUACAUCUCUAGAUCUAGUGUGAAUGUAUAUCUACUUGUAUGCUUGUUUCUUAGCAAAUUGUAAGAGAUGACUUUUCCUCCGUAGUGAUAGCUGACAUCAUGGCUGGGGACGUUCAGUUCGUGCUUUAUCGACGUUCAUGAAUUACUGGUAAUCUGUUCUCGUGCACCAUAGCCGAAAUUACUUUCUGGAUU